AAUGAGAUCUACCAGUCAGUCAAGUAUUUUGACAAGCACUAUGAGAACUGGCAUGUUACAUUACUUGGGAAACUUUCAAAACAAAUAUCAAAAACCCACCUGAUUUCCAAAGAGAAGUAGAAGACAGUGGUUAUUCAGCUGAAUCAGAUGUGUCAUGAUAAAAUUCAUGAGCCAGAAUCACAUAUUCUACUCUUUAGAAGACUUCUUCUAAAAGAACAACAAAAAUGAAGUUGACCUGAGAUUUUCACUUUUUUUCAAAUUAUGUUCAAGUAUCUAUAUGGUAGUAUUCAGUGGAUAUCCAUCCAUGGACAUAAGCUGUAAUUUUUCACAGA